GCUCGGUGCGAGAGGGGUGCGAGGCGUGACAACGGAGGCGCGUUCACGAGUUCGCCACCGGCUGCUCCUGCGCUGAGAGAGAGAGAGAGAGAGAGAGAGAGAGAGAGAGAGAGCAUCAUCAAAACAGUUGCAUAGACUGCCCGCAUAUCGAAAGAGGACGUAAAGAGGUUAAAUUCGGAAAAACAAACCAUAACAAAAAAACAAGCGAAAAUAGAGGAGCCUUUUACCAAAGAGCUGAACGGAAGGACGGAGAUCCAUCCUUGCGUAGUAGUAGCAGGAGCAGCAUCGGGGAUUUUCCGAGCGGUUGCCCGGUGCUCCACACACCCUGUGCCUUUGAAUCAGCAGCGGAGGAGGAGGAGGGGAGCACCAGAGAGGAAGGAGGACCAUGGAGGGGAUGCAGGCAUACGGAGCAGGGAAAGCCGGAGGAGCCUUCGACCCUGUCACCUUCUUCCAGCAACCUCAGACCAUUCUCCGCAUUGUGUCUUGGCUCUUCUCCAUCGUGAUCUUUGGCUGCAUCGCCAAUGAGGGUUACAUCAACCGCCCCAAUGAAGUGGAGGAAUACUGCAUCUUCAACCGCAACCAGAACGCCUGUAACUAUGGCGUCUUUAUGGGCUCCAUGGCCUUCCUCUGCUGCUUGGCCUUCCUGGCUUUGGACGUCUACUUCCCCCAGAUCAGCAGCGUCAAAGACCGUAAGAAGGCGGUGCUGGCUGAUGUCGGGUUAUCAGCAUUCUGGUCCUUCAUGUGGUUUGUGGGAUUCUGUUUCCUGGCAAACCAGUGGCAGGUGACCAAGCACGAGGACAACCCGCUGAGGGAGGGAGGGGACGCUGCACGGGCGGCCAUCACCUUCUCUUUCUUCUCCAUCUUCACCUGGGGUGCUCAGACUCUCUUCUCUAUGGAGAAGUUAAAGAAUUUGUCGUUUGAAGAGGAGUACACCAAGCUGUUCCCCACUCAACCUAAUUAACCUUUUAUCUGACUCUGCUCUGUCGACUCCCCCUGCUGCCUUAACACUGUGAACACACUCCUGUAGCUUUACUGUGGCUGCACUUGUUUAAGGGCGCUCAGUAACAUAAGAUAGCCCUGGAAGAAGAGAGUGGUUUUGUAAUCCAGCAGUGAGGAGAGCAGCUGCACCAUCAGGGUUGUCAGUUAAGAAGCUGUUUAACGUUUUGUAUUUGAAUAACUGAAUUAAAUGCUGACCUGUGCACAUCAUAAUGAUAAAAUAUGGACGGGUGGGUGUAUUCAAUCGUCGAUCAAAAUGCAUGACUCAACCAGUGCAGCACCAAACGCUGACAAUUCUGGCCUUUUAUGCCCACUUAAAAUCAUUUGAUCUGUUUUGGAACGAAAGCUCUCUGCCCACUUUUUUCUUUUAAAUGUUAACCAAAAACGCGUUUUUCAUAAAAAUGAAAAGUGUGGAUGUUAGAAAACGAGUCAGAAGAUAAAUUCAAAACUAAUCUAGCUGAAUGAUUCCUUCAAAUAGUUAGGUUUUUAAUUCUCAAGUGUAAACAAUCAGAAGUGUGUGUUAUCCACUGACUUGUCUUUUUUUUUUUUUAAGUCAGCUUUCACUUUGUAUUCAAAGCAGGCAGGUUGGCAGUUUGUUGCUGGUGUAGGAACUUCACCACCAAUGCCGGAGCCCUUAAACAAGUGUGCACACAAUUUACAGAUCAGACUGCCACACGUCUCAUCUAUCUCUUUGAUGUGAAAGUUUACAGAGUUGUUGGUGCUUUGUCUUUUUGCUAGUUAGAGUGAUUUAGGUGAUAUUUUUAUAUACAACUGUUUUAGUUAAAAACAUGAUUUCUUAGAUCUAUGAAAAAAGUUCUUUUUCUAUAAAAAUGCACCUGCAAUGUUUAAAGUUGCAAAAUUUUGUUUUUGUUAAUGAUGAAAUUACAUUGAAAGCCUUCUCUCUGUUUAAUUUACAGGCUAAGCUAUCUGACUCAGGAAAUUCACUUUUCCAUUUCUGGCAAAACUUGGAUGAGAGUAGUCUUGUAUUGUUGGUAGGCUAUGUGAAGCACAAGCUUGCAGCUAGCUAGCAUAACUUAGCAUGAAGAUGAAGAAAACGUGUUGAAAAUGCUAGCUUGGCUCUGUCUGGAGGUAAAGACACAAAAAAUCGAUCUACCAGCACUUAAGAAGCUAACAUUUAAAAAGUUAUCUCAAAAACAGAAGUAUUAACAAGAUGUUGCUAGGGGGAUUUAACAAGCUUAGUGAUGUACCAUGUUAAUAAAUGAUUUUUAGUGGUGCUGCCAGGUGGAUUUUGUUAACUUUAUACAGAGCCAGGCAAAAUUGUUUCCAUUAUUUCAGGCUUUAUGCUAAGCUACCCUAAGCUACCCGGCCUCAUAUUAAAGUGGUAUCAAUAUUAUCCUAUCUAAAUCUCAGCUGGAAAUUGAAGAAGUGAAUUCCCAAACUGUUUAUUUUUACUUUUUUGUAGCACAGUAUUCACUGUAACUCUCUUAAACACUUCCAUAAUAAGUUUCCACUUUUCAACUAGGCUAUGUCAUUAAGUUGAUUUGGUAUUUUAAUAGCCUUUAGAGAUUGCCUUUGCAGUUUAAGUGGGACAGUUUGAAGACACUUCAAUUGAAAUAUCAAACGGUUUUAUUGCAUGUUCAUGGGAUUAUAUUACUUGAAAUUGUGCAUGUUAUAAGUUUAUUAGUUUAUUUGAAUCAGGGACAGGUUAAUAGAUAAUGUUCAUUACACAGAUACUUUAAUGUUCCACAAACUUAUUGACAAAAUAGGUGAAAUUUUCAGGUACCUGAAUGUAAAUUGUUAUUUUUAUGGAUUUGGGACUGCUAUUAAUUCGUUUUUAUUUUCUUUUUUGAAUUGCACUCAGCCAACCAAAUAAUGAAUUUGAUGGAACCAAGGCAGUUUCCUUCUUCAAACCAGAUUCAAGCUGACUUCAACAUCUGAUUGUGCGAAAGAAAAAAAAAUCACUCACUAUAUAAACCACUCGUCAAACUUCCCAGCACUGAAAGCUGAAAGCAAUUCGACUGUUUCUUUGUUUUUCUUUCUUUGUGUGUGUUUGUUUUCUACGUGUACUUUGCUUGUUUCACUGCUGUAUUGAAACAGUUCUAAAUAUCGACAAACUCGAGAUCUGUGGUGUUUUACAGUGCAGGGCCUCAGCUGUUUAAUAAUGCACACAGACAUAGUGGAAUUGCUUUGUCCUGCUCCUCUGUGGACUGGAGUGGCAUUAAGAUGGUGUUUCUCAUUAGGGACUGAACAAUAAAUAACUAGCCUUUUUGCAUCGCUGCCUAUAGAACUAACUCGCUCUGGCUGUUUAAACGACUGACCCACAGUAUCUAAUAAGCUUCACAAGCUUUCCAAGCCAACUAAUCAGUGUUUCCUUCUCCCUCUUUGUUCUCUUUCUUCCCCCAAAACCUCUGCUCUAACACUACUGCUUUUUCUGCUUCACUAUCUACCCAUUUCUCCACACCUAUUCGUCCUCUUUGCCCUUCUUUCCUCUUCUACCUACCGUCUCUCCACA